AGUUUUAAUAACUAUCGUGUCAGCAGUUUGAGUUUAAAAGGAUAAUACACUAAUCGUUUUGUUAAUUAACUUCCAGCAACACAGACCAAAAGGAGGUGAGAAUUUUACACAGAGAAAGUGGCGAAUUUUGGUUUGUUUGGUUGUUUGAUUGGAGAGGAAGAGGAAGAGAAAGGAAAGAAGAAGAAGACGAAGGAGAAGGGAAUGCAACUGGGGAAGUACGUGAUCGGAAGGACACUGGGAGAAGGAAAUUUCGGAAAGGUCAAGUACGCUAAGAACCUCGAUUCUGGACAAUCAUUCGCUGUUAAAAUCUUGGAAAAGAACAGAAUUCUUGAACUCAACAUCACCGAUCAGAUUACGAGGGAGAUUGGCACAUUGAGACUCCUCAAACAUCCAAACGUCGUCAGAUUACAUGAGGUUUUGGCAAGCAAAACCAAGAUUUAUAUGGUCCUACAAUAUGUGAAUGGCGGUGAAUUGUUUGACAGAAUUGCAUCCAAAGGAAAGCUCUCCGAGGCUCGAGGUAGGAAGCUCUUCCAACAGUUAAUUGAUGGAGUUAGUUACUGCCACAACAAAGGCGUUUAUCACAGGGAUCUUAAGCUGGAGAACGUACUUGUUGAUGCAACAGGAAACAUAAUGAUAUCUGAUUUUGGCCUCAGUGCAUUACCUCAGCAUUUUAGGGAUGAUGGGUUAUUGCAUACCACGUGUGGAAGUCCAAACUAUGUUGCUCCUGAGAUUCUUAAUAAUAGGGGAUAUGAUGGUGCCACCUCAGAUACCUGGUCGUGUGGCGUCAUCUUGCAUGUAAUUCUCACAGGAUAUCUGCCAUUUGACGAUAGAAAUCUUGCAGUUCUCUAUCAAAAGAUUUUCAAGGGGGAUGUUCAGAUACCAAAAUGGCUAACCCCAGGAGCACAAAACUUAAUAAGGAGAAUUCUUGAUCCCAACCCUGUUACAAGGAUAACAAUGGCAGAGAUCAAAGCAGACGAAUGGUUCAAGCAAGACUAUAUUCCUGCCAACCCUGAUGAUGACGAAGAAGAUAUAUACGUAGAUGAUGAAGUUUUGUCGAUACAUGGGAUGACAUCAGAAGCAGAAAAAAAAUCUAAAUCACCUACACUAAUCAAUGCCUUUCAGCUGAUUGGAAUGUCUUCAUUCCUAGAUCUGUCUGGUUUCUUUGAGAAAGAGGAUAUUUCGGAAAGGAAGAUCAGAUUUAUAUCCAACCAUUCCCCAAAAGAAUUGCUUGCGAGGAUUGAGGAUAUUGUAACUGAGAUGGGAUUCCGAGUCCAGAGGAAAAAUGGAAGGCUUAAGGUGAUGAAAGAGCGUAAAGGUCAGAAAAGCCUGGGGACUCUUUCAGUUGUAGUAGAAGUGUUUGAGAUAAGCAAAUCCUUGAACAUAGUUGAAUUAAGAAAAUCAUUUGGAGAUUCUACAGUUUAUAGACAGUUAUGUACAAAGCUAGCAAAUGAUCUGGGUGUCUCAACAAGUAGUCAAGAACAGCAGCUGACCAUGGAAGCUUAA